CCUCUCCUCUCCCCCCCUCCCCUUUUUUUAACCGACGCUCGGUUUCUGAGGGGAAAAAGAUGCAGCGCGUAUUUACCCUUUCAGAGAAGGAUGCACCUAGUGCCCCUGUGCAAUUUGCUUGGCAAAAAACCUUAGGAAACUACAUUGCGGUUACAGGGUACAGUCAUACUGUCAAAGUCUUUGAUCGCCAUGGUCAAAAGAAAAAUGAAAUUAUUUUACCAGGGAACUGCAUCGCUAUGGAUUGGGAUCAAGAUGGAGAUACUCUAGCAAUUAUUGCUGAUAAAUCCAGUGCUAUUUAUCUGUGGGAUGCCAAUACAAAUAAAACCAUUUUGAUGGAUACUAGCAUGAGGGAACCAAUGUCUUUCUUGUGUUGGUCAAAAACUGAAGCCUUACUAGUUGCUGGAACAGCUAAAGGAAAUGUACUAAUAUAUAAUCGCCAGACUUCCCGCAAGAUUCCUAUCCUUGGCAAGCAUACCAAACGGAUCACCUGUGGUUGCUGGAGCAAAGAAAAAUUAAUUGCAUUAGGCGGAGAAGACAAAUUAAUAACGAUUAGCAACCAUGAAGGCGACACUAUCAGAGUGACAGCAGUGAGAGAAGACCCCAGCAAUAUGGAGUUUGUCAAGAUGAAGACUGAUGAAGAAACAGGAGGAAAUGAGACCACAGUGUGCAUUGUGGUUGGACAAAAAACAUUAUAUUUUUUUAACUUCAAAGAUCCAGAAAAACCAAUUGAACUAGCAUUUCAAAAACGUUAUGGAAAGAUAGUAGCUUACAAAUUGUAUGGUGAAAAUUAUAUCAUGAUUGGUUUUUCGCUGGGCUAUUUUGUGGUGAUUUCAACGCAGGUUCAAGAGAUUGGCCAUGAGAUCUUCCAGGCUUCUGAUCAUAAGGAUUCCUUGGCCGGCAUUGCGAUCACUGAAUCAUUAAACAAAGCUGCAUCAUGUGGAGAUAACUGUGUCAAGAUUCAUAACUUGUCAGAUCUGACGGAAAUGUGCGCAAUCAUAAACUUAGAGGAUGAAAAUAAAGGUCUAGAUCAGUUGUCAUGGACGGACGAUGGACAAUUGUUGGCAGUGUCUACUAAGCGAGGAUUCAUCCAUGUGUUCUUAACCAACCUUCCCAUCCUCGGAGCCUCGUAUGGCACAAGGAUUGCCUACCUCACCUCCCUUCUUGAGGUCACAGUGGCCAACUACAUUGAAAGUGAACCACCGAUAAGAGUUUCUGUUGAAGUUGAGCCCAACUUCGUUGCCGUUGGGCCCUACCACUUAGCUGUGGGCAUGAAUAACCGGGCAUGGUUUUAUGUCCUCGGAGAGAGCAGAGUAAAAAAGCUCAAGGACAUGGAAUAUCUGGGAACAGUAGCCAGUAUAUGUCUGAAUUCUGAUUAUGCCGCUGCACUUUUUGAUGGUAAAAUCCAGUUGCAUAUGAUAGAAAGUGAACCUUCAAAUACUCAGGAGGAACGGGAGACUAGGCUGUUCCCAGAUACCGAUGAUAAAAGUAAAAUUCUGUGCCAUUGUUUAACUAGUGAGUUCCUCAUCUACGGGACUGAUACUGGCCUUAUUCAAUAUUUUUACAUUGAAGACUGGCAAUAUGUCAAUAAGUAUCAGCAUUCAGUUGGUGUGAAAAAAAUCUUCCCAGAUCCCAAUGGAACCAAAUUAGUUUUUGUUGAUGCCAAAAGUGAUGGGUUCGUUUACUGUCCUGUGACUGAUACUGCCUUUGAAAUUCCAAAUUUGCAACCAACCAUCAAAGGCAUUCUGUGGGAAAACUGGCCACUGGAUAAGGGUGUAUUUGUGGUCUUUGACGAUAACAAAAUAUACACUUACGUGUUUCAUAAAGACACCAUACAAGGGUCUAAGGUGAUCUUGGCAGGAACAACCAAAGUUCCUUAUUCCCACAAACCUUUGCUCUUAUAUAAUGGAGAAUUAACCUGUCAGACUCACAGUGGGAAAACCAACAGUAUCCUCCUUAAUACUCACACUUUUCUGGGCACUCUAAAAGACCAGGGCUGCGAUGAAUUGAAACAAACACUAACUCAGACUUUGCUUUUGAAAAGGUUUUCCGAGGCCUGGGAGAUAUGCAAACAUUUGAACCAACCAUCCAGUUGGAAUGAGCUAGGCGAGGCCUGCCUUCAUCACAUGGAAGUAGAAUUUGCAAUACGGGUGUACAGGACAAACAGAAACGUUGGAAUGGUUAUGUCCUUAGAGCAAAUCAAGAGCAUAGAAGAACACAAUCUUUUAGCGGGACAUCUUGCCAUGUACACCAAUAAUUUUAAUUUAGCUCAGGAUUUAUAUCUGGCAUCAUCUUCUCCCACUGCCGCGCUUGAGAUGAGGAGAGAUUUGCAACAGUGGGAUAGUGCACUUCAGCUUGCUAAACGUUUGGCACCGGACCAGAUCCCCUUCAUAUCCAAGGAGUAUGCUGUGCAGCUGGAAUUCACGGGUGAUUACGUGAAUGCUUUGGCCCAUUAUGAAAAAGGAAUCACGGGCAACAAUAAGUUCCAAGAACACGAUGAGGCCUGCCUGGCCGGAGUCGCACAGAUGGCGAUUCGCAUGGGAGACAUUCGGCGCGGCGUUAACCAGGCCAUCAAGCAUCCGAGCCGAACGUUAAAAAAAGACUGUGGAGCUAUUCUGGAGAGUAUGAAGCAAUUUUCAGAAGCUGCCCAGCUUUAUGAAAAAGGACAAUAUUUUGACAAAGCAGCUUCAGUCUACAUACGAUGCAAAAACUGGGCCAAAGUUGGCGAGCUGCUUCAGCAUGUCUCUUCUCCAAAAAUACACCUUCAGUAUGCCAAAGCAAAGGAAGCAGAUGGCAGAUACAAAGAAGCUGUUUUGGCCUAUGAAAAUGCUAAGCAGUGGGACAACGUGAUCCGGUUGUAUUUGGAUCACCUGAAUGAUCCAGAAAAAGCUGUGAGCAUCGUCCGGGAAACCCAGUCUCUUGAAGGAGCCAAGAUGGUAGCCAGAUUCUUUCUGCAGCUGGGUGAUUACGAGUCUGCCAUCCAAUUUUUAGUGAUGUCCAAGUGUAACAACGAAGCUUUUGUCCUGGCUCAGCAGCACAAUAAGAUGGAGCUCUAUGCUGACAUCAUCAGUUCUGAGGAAACCACUAACGACGAUUACCAAAGCAUCGCCUUAUAUUUUGAGGGAGAAAAGAAACAUUUUCAGGCUGGCAAAUUCUUCCUACUCUGUGGUCAAUAUUCCAGGGCGCUGAAGCACUUUUUGAAAAGCCCAAACACAGAUGAUAAUAUGGCCAUAGACAUGGCAAUUGAGACGGUGGGCCAAGCAAAGGACGAAGCCCUGACUGACCAGCUGAUCAAUUACCUUAUGGGUGAGACCGAUGGUAUACCAAAGGAAGCCAAAUAUCUCUUUCGACUCUACAUGGCAUUAAAGCAAUACCGGGAAGCUGCUCGGACGGCGAUCAUCAUCGCUCGAGAAGAACAGUGCGCAGGGCAUUAUCGAAAAGCCCACGAUGUCCUCUUCAGUAUGUAUUUAGAAUUAAAAGUACAGAAAAUUAAAAUACCCUCUGAGAUGGCUACAAACCUGAUGAUUCUACACAGUUACAUUUUAGUAAAGAUUCAUGUUAAACUUGGGGACCACAUGAAAGGAGCACGUAUGCUCAUUCGUGUUGCUAACAAUAUCAGCAAGUUUCCAUCUCAUAUUGUGCCCAUCCUGACCUCCACGGUAAUUGAAUGUCACCGAGCGGGACUGAAAAAAUCUGCCUUUGCUUUUGCUGCCAUGCUGAUGAGACCAGAAUAUCGGAAUAAAAUUGACCCGAAAUACAAAAGGAGAAUUGAAACACUCGUCCGACGGCCGGAUACCUCCGAAGGGGAAGGGGAAGAACCAACCACGCCGUGCCCGUAUUGUGAAUUCAGGCUCCCCGAAUGCGAACUUCUGUGCCCAGGCUGCAAGAACAACCUGCCAUAUUGCAUUGCGACGGGACGACAUAUGGCCAGAGAAGACUGGACUCUGUGCCCCCAUUGCGAGUUCCCGGCGCUCUAUUCAGAGUUCAAAAAUUUGUUGCAGAGCGAAGGCGCAUGUCCCAUGUGUUCGGAAAAAGUCGAUGCCACCAGCCUAAGCAGAACAGCUGAUUGCACACCCUACCUCAAGCCUGAAGUGGAGCAAUAAUUUUAAUCAAGUUAAGUGGCUCAAUCUUCGUUUUCAUGUUUAGAACUCAGAAUAUUAAAGAAUGUUUAUUUGUUUAUAUCUAAAA